GAGUCAUCAAGCGAAUGGGAAUCGUGUUUUGGGGGGCAUCUCGGCCUGAACCGCCAGAUUCUGAGGCGCAGUGCAGUGCAGGAAAAGAAGAGCAUUUUCGUCCAACAUCUUGGCGUGGCCAUCACCUCUGACAAAAAUGUUUCCGAAGAAUCUUCGUCAAAGUUCCAUCAGAGAAGAAGGAUUCUGGAAGUUCGACCCAAUGCAACAUCUCGGUCUGCUGAGAUGCGAUGGAUGAGGGCCGAGAGCAAGCAAAGGGAGGAGAGAGGUGCAAACAGAAGUUUUCCAGCCGCGCGGAUCUGUCCCUAGCGGCAUCUUAGCCAUCACCGAGACCGAAGUGCUGGGAUUUAGGGGAUUUUUGGGGAUGCAGCUGGGGCAGCAUUGCAGAAGGAGGCGACUUCCGUUUGCGACAACAUGUCGGUUUCAGUCACGCUCUGUGGAACGUCACUGUUAUCAAUCAGUUCCAUUUUCUUGAGACGCCCUUACUAACACACCACAAUCGGUCCAAAAUUCCCCCGUUUGGUCGCUUACCAAUUCGCUCCGGAAGCCUCCCCACAGAAACUGUCCGCUUCUUUGACAACUCUCCAGUCCACACGUCAACAGCACCGUUUCUUUGAUCCUUGGAGCCCGACCCUACGGAUACCUGCCCCACGUUCCGUGACACCUGGACCUUGCCAUAGGUCCAAGACGCUCAAGUCCCGGGCGUCUUGUCUCGGGGACCUGCAAGCCGGCAGGCGUGAGCACUUUCUCGCGAUGCCCGUCUCGUUUAAGGCCCCCAAGAUGUCUUGGUAGCAAGCCACCGCGAUCAUGGGUCGGAGUGCGGUCCAAUUCCUAUCUCCAGUGGUACAUUUAUCUCCGGUCCGCUGAGCUGACCGCAUUGAAGGCACAGCGCCCAGCUUACCUACCUACGCUCGGCUACUUUCCCCUACUGUAAAAAGGCCCCCUGCGGCAGCCGGUACUUUUUUCUUUCACAGUAGUUAGACAGUCUAAAGAUAUAACAACGUCAGGGUCCCGCCCCGAGAUUCUGGUCUCUCUUUUGUCCCAUCUGAAACUAUCUCCACUUCCCCCAUCAUCCUCAGCAACCUCCAUCUAUACCCCGCAACUCAAACAGCACUUGACACACAUUGGGAACUGCACCAUGGCUAGUAAUUCGCUGGACAAGCCAGCGACGGACGGGCUGACAGCCGAGUCGCAAGCACCGACCGUCGCCCCAAGUUCCAAGAGCAUAUCAGAGGACGAGAAGGUUUCCAACUCUGGGGACAGGACAGACAUUGACGCCGGCUCUUCAACCGAUGCGACGGAAAAGGUCUCCAAGCAACCAGAAAUCACCACAUCAGCAGCCGACAAUGAGAAGACGGACAACAUUCUUGCCAAGCACCCCACCGCCGUCUCCCAAGCUGGCAGCAAGAAGCUCGAGCCCUCCAAGACAAGAGAAGAUGGCGAAGAGUACCCAACAGGUAUCAAGCUCGCCGCCAUUGUCACUGCCCUGUGCCUGAGCGUCUUUCUAAUGGCACUUGACAACUCGAUCAUUGCGACUGCUAUUCCCAAAAUUACGGAUCAAUUCCAGAGUUUGCCAGACGUGGGUUGGUAUGCCAGUGCCUACCUCCUCACCACCGCCGCUUUCCAACUCCUCUUUGGCCGUUUCUACACCUUUUUUUCCAUCAAAUGGGUUUACCUCAUCGCCAUUUUCAUCUUUGAGGUCGGCUCCCUUAUCUGCGCCGUCGCGAACAAUAGUGUUACCCUCAUCAUCGGGCGCGCCAUCGCCGGUGUCGGUGCGGCGGGUAUCUUCUCUGGUGCCCUCACUAUCCUGGCUUACUCGGUCCCCCUGGCCAAACGCCCUAUCUACACCGGCGCCAUUGGCAGCAUGUACGGUCUCGCCUCCAUUUCUGGUCCUCUUAUGGGCGGCGCCUUCACUGAUCACGUCACCUGGCGCUGGUGCUUUUACAUCAACCUGCCCAUCGGUGCUGUUACCAUCGCGGUGAUCAUGUUCAUCUUCCCCGAUCCAAAGAGGGAGAUCAAGAACAAUGACACGCUCGCGCAGAGAAUCAUGCGGUUCGAUCCGUUUGGCACGGCGGUGUUUAUGCCGGCGAUUAUCUGCUUGUUGCUUGCGCUGCAGUGGGGAGGGACGCAGUACGCCUGGAACAGCUGGAGGGUUAUCCUGCUGUUUGUGCUGUUUGGGGUGUUGAUUAUCAUCUUUGUCGGAGUGCAGAUUUACCAGGGGGAUUUGGCGACUGUCCCCCCGAGGAUUGUCAAGAAGAGGAGUGUCUGGAGUUCGGGGUUUUUUAUCAUGAUGAUUGGAGGGGCUUUCUUGGGAGCGGCGUAUUAUUAUCCGAUUUGGUUCCAGUCAGUCAAGGAUGCCACGGCGGUUGGGUCAGGGAUUAUGAACUUGCCCAUGUUGAUUUCGUUGGUGUUGGUUAGUGUUAUUGCUGGGGCGGCGGUGACGAUUUGGGGGCAGUAUGUGCCUUUUAUGAUUGCGUGCUCGAUCUUGUCGAGUAUUGGGUUUGGGUUGACGACGACGUUCACGCCAGAUGUGGGAGCGGGGGCUUGGAUUGGGUAUCAGAUUAUUAUUGGGGCGGGGAUUGGGAUUGGGUUUCAGCAGCCGUUGAUGGCUGUGCAGACGGUGUUGAGUAUUGAGGAUGUGCCGACGGGGGCGAGCUUGAUCAUUUUCUUGCAGACACUCGGGGCGGCGUUGUUUGUGGCGGUGUCGCAGAAUGUGUUUACGAAUAAGCUGGUGGAGAAUGUUGCCAAGUAUGUGCCUGAUAUGCCGGAUCCGAUGACGAUUCUGCAUGUUGGGGCUACGAGCGUGGAGAAUGUGGUUCGGCCGGAGGAUUUGGGGGCUGUUACUUGGGCUUUUAAUGAUGCGCUGACGCAGACCUUUACGGUGUUCACUGCUUUGUCGGCGAUUAGUAUUCUUGGAGCAGUGUUUGUAGAGUGGAACAGCGUUAAGGGGAAGCCGGUUGAGAUGGGGAUGGCUUAAGGGGUGUGGUUUCGGUUUGGGUUUGGAUACAGUACCUAAUCUUUGUAAUGUUUUCUUUCUGUGAUAUCCAAUAGACGGUAGGGCGCAAUGGUUAGGCAGGGCAUUGGUAACAAGGAACCAGCUGUAUGCUUAGAAUUCACGGGACGAGGUUCAUUUGAUACCAGAUAUGAAGGCAUGAGCAAUC